UCAGAGGGAGAGACAGGAAUAUCUUGAUUUCAUGUGUGUUAUUCGAAGUGGAUUUCAGUUUACUCGAACUUAAAGACGAAAUAUAGUUAGCGUUUUGUGGAAAGAAUUUCGCUAGAGGAACGGUCAGAUAUCGCUGAAAAACUGAACGUACAAAAGGAAAGUCUCGAAAGCGGAUCAAGAUGCAGGAAGCUCAGCCGAAGAAAGGCAAGAAAGCCAGAAGAAAGCGCAAUGAUAGUGACGAGGAUAUUGAGAAAGUGUUGGCUGAAUUGGAACUGGAGUAUUCUGGACAAAAGAACGAAGUUCCGGAUGAACCAGUUGAGCAGCAAGUUGACAAUGACGAAGAUAAAAAGAAGAAAGAAAAGAAGGGUAAGAAGAAAGAAAAGACUGAAAUCAUUGACAUUAAAGAAGAGUUGAAAUGUAUGGAAGUUUCUGAAGACAUUGAAAUGGACGACGAAGUUGAAGCUAGUACUGUAAAAACUGCGGCACAGAAGAAAAAAGAGAAGAAAGAGAGAGAAAAACAGAAGAAACUUGCUCAAAAGAAAGCGGAACUAGUCGACAAGACAGAAGAUGUUGAAAUAAAGGAUGAAGCCCCUCCUAUUAAAGAGACCAAGAAGGAGACGAAAAAGGAAAUACAAAAAGAACCAGAGACAAAGGUACCAGAUGCUGCUGAAGCAGAAGCUGCUCCAUCUGAAGCUGAGGAUGGGAAGAAGAAGAAGAAAAAGGGGGUAAAGGAGGAUCCAAAAGACAAAGGCAAAGGUCCUGGAAAGAAGACUAUUGCUGCGAUGCAAGAAGCAUUGAAGAAGUUAAAGGAGGACGAAGAGAGAAUGAAGCUAGAAGAGGAGGAAAGAAUGCGACAAGAAGAAAUACGGGAACAGCAGCGAUUAGAGCAGAUACGACUUGAACAGGAACGCAAAGAACGAAAAAAACUUAAGGAAAAGCAGAGAAAAGAGAGAUUAAAGGCGGAAGGAAAGCUUCUGACUACGAAGCAGAAACAGGACAGAGCGAGGGCGCAAGCUAUGAUUAACGCGCUUAAAGCUCAAGGAUUGGACGUACCAGAGAUAGGAGAAAAGAAACCCAGACCAGGAACACGUUUAAGACCGAAUAAAUUGAAGCAACAAAUGAGCGUUGACGAAAAGGAUGAUGAGAAAAUGGAAGGGGGCGUUACAGAUACGGAUAAAGUUGAAGUGGAAAUAGUAGAUCAACAGAUGAAGGAAACGGAAGAGAAGGCGGACGACGUUAAAGAUUCAUGGGAUGCUGAAAGUAGCGAGGAAGAACAGGAAGAAGAUCAAUCAGACGAUGUGCCAAAAACACCCGAGAAGGAACCAGGAACCAUUCUUCCAUCGAAAAAGAAGCAAACUGAGGAAGCCGCGAAAGGAUCUUCAGAUAGUGAGUCGGCGAGUGCAAGUGGCAGUGAGUCGGAUACCGAGGAAAGCGAAGAUGAUAGUGGUUUAGGGGAUAAAGUAUCGGAUGCAGCGAGGAAGAAAGAACGAGCGAGAGAACGAAUACAACUUCGAAGGAUAGAAGCGGAAAAGAAGAAAUCGCUGGAUACUCUUAGAGCUGCUGUAGUCUGUGUAUUAGGCCACGUCGAUACAGGCAAAACGAAAAUCCUUGAUAAAUUGAGAAGAACGAAUGUGCAAGAUGGCGAAGCAGGUGGUAUUACGCAACAAAUAGGUGCAACAAACGUACCUAUCGACGCUAUUCAGGAUUCAACGAGACACGUUAAAGGAUUUGCUGACAAGAAAUUAAAAAUCCCUGGACUGUUAAUUAUAGAUACUCCUGGUCACGAAUCUUUUAGCAAUUUAAGAAACAGAGGAUCUUCUCUUUGUGAUAUAGCGAUAUUAGUAGUGGACAUUAUGCAUGGUUUAGAGCCACAGACUAUUGAAAGUAUUAACCUACUGAAAUCGAAAAAAUGUCCUUUCAUCGUAGCAUUAAAUAAGAUUGAUAGAUUAUACGAUUGGGAAACAAUGAGUCGAAAAGAUGUCCAAGACAUUGUGAAAGCUCAAGCGAUUAAUACACAGCGAGAAUUUGAGAAACGCUCAAAGGAGGUGAUCGUGCAAUUUGCUGAGCAAGGGCUGAACGCCGCGUUGUUCUAUGAAAAUCCUGAUCCUAGAAGUUAUGUCUCUCUUGUUCCCACUAGCGCUAUCACAGGUGAGGGUAUGGGCAACCUAUUGGCGUUAAUCGUCGACGCUUGCCAAGGUCUACUAGCUAAGAGACUCAUGUACAGCGAGGAGCUUCAAGCCACAGUUUUAGAAGUAAAAGCGUUACCUGGUCUGGGUACGACGAUAGAUUGUAUUCUAAUCAAUGGAUUGUUGAAAGAAGGUGAUACAAUGAUAGUCGCUGGUACCGAUGGUCCUAUAGUGACUCAAAUACGUUCGCUUCUUAUGCCACAACCAUUGAAGGAAUUGAGAGUUAAAAGUGCUUACAUUGAACAUCGAGAAGUUAAAGCUGCACAAGGGGUCAAAAUCGCCGCGAAGGACUUGGAAAAAGCAAUCGCAGGAUUGAAUCUCCAAGUGGCUCAAAAGCCAGACGAGGUGGAUAUCUUGAAGGAAGAGAUCGCAAGAGAGUUGACUCAUGCACUAAGCAAUAUUCGGCUCGCGGAACGUGGGGUCUUCGUGCAAGCGUCGACAUUGGGUGCACUCGAAGCGUUGUUGGAUUUCCUGAAGAGCAGUAAGAUUCCGUACGCCGGAAUCCGAAUCGGUCCCGUUGUCAAGAAGGAUGUGAUGAAGGCCUCCAUUAUGCUGGAACACGACAGUCAAUACUCCACCAUUCUAGCAUUCGACGUGAAAAUCGAAAAGGACGCACAGGAGUUGGCUGACUCCCUCGGGGUGAAGAUCUUCCAGGCGGACAUUAUUUACCACCUGUUCGACAAGUUCACCGCGUACAGGGACGAGCUGAAGCAGCGGAAACGUGACGAGAACAAGCAUAUCGCCGUGUUCCCCUGCAAACUUCGUAUCUUACCACAGUACAUCUUCAACUCCCGAGAUCCUAUCGUGAUGGGCGUGAUGAUCGAGGCAGGAAUCGUCAAAGAAGGAACACCUCUCUGCGUGCCCAGCAAAGACUUCGUCGAGUUGGGCAUGGUCACCAGUAUAGAAUACAAUCACAAAUCCGUGGAAACGGCGAGAAAGGGCCAGGAGGUCUGCGUGAAGAUCGAGCCGAUACCUGGGGAGGCGCCGAAAAUGUUCGGCCGUCACUUCGACGAGAAAGAUUUCAUCGUCAGCAAGAUCAGCAGACAGAGCAUAGACGCGUGUAAGGAGUACUUCAGGGACGAUCUGGUGAAAACGGACUGGCAGCUAAUGGUGGAACUGAAGAAGCUCUUCCAAAUACUCUAGGACCCGUUGGGCGUGGCGAUCAUGAGGAUUCAUCGACGGCUCCACCGAUCGAGGGACAGAACCACGGCCCCGUGGUCAAUCCGAUCGACGAACUCGCCGCGUUCCCUCGGGCCCCGUGACCGAUCGUUGUCGUUCCUUCUUCACUCGAUUUGUAAUAUAUAUAUACGUCGAAGGUUGUUUUCGAUCUCUCCGUCGUUGUCUCUUUGAUAACCGCAUAAACAAAAAAGUCAGUCAGCAGACGCAACCCCCUCAGUGCGCCGUCUAGCCGCUUACUAACGUCCUGUGAUCCCCUUUUGAGAGAAAACGACUCAUGGGGUUUACGUCGCACGUUCCAUGCGUAGAUUACAAUUAGGCAAUCGUUUGGGAAGCCGUGGAACAGCACAAAUCGUGGUUUUUUUUCCCCCUCCUGGUGUAAAUUGUUACAGUCCACUCGAUCGA